AUGGAGCUUGUCUUCCGAGGAACAAACACAGUUGCAGGGAUAGAUCAUCUCAUGCACUUACAUGGAUAUAGUUUUUAUGUAGUUGGGUCGGGAUUUGGAAACUUUGACAAAGACAAAGACCCAUUGAAUUAUAAUCUCGUAGACCCUCCUCUAAUGGAAACAAUUGCAGUUCCUAGAAAUGGUUGGAUAGCAAUCAGAUUCAAGGCAAAUAAUCCAGGAGUAUGGUUUAUGCAUUGCCAUUUUGAACGUCAUGUAAGUCGGGGAAUGGGAAUGGUAUUCAUUGUUAGAAAUGGAAGGAGCCGAGAUGCUAAAAUACUGCCUCUACCUCCAGACAUGCCAAGGUGUUAA